AUGGCUCCUGUUUCUACUGUUUCCCGUGUUCAAGGGUUAAUCAACUCUUCCAAGAUUUUCGUUGCAGCCAAGACCUACUGUCCAUACUGCCAAGCUACUUUGAAGACGCUUUUUGACGACAAGAAGGUCAACAAGGACAUUGCAACUGUUUUGCAAUUGAACGAACUUGAUGAUGGUGCCGAGAUUCAAGAUGCUUUGCUUGAAAUCAGUGGCCAAAGAACCGUGCCAAACAUUUACAUCAACGGCAAGCACAUUGGUGGGAACUCUGAUUUGCAAGAAUUGAACAGCUCUGGUGAGUUGGACAAGUUGUUGGCUGCUUUGUAA